GUGAUUUUUAGUGUCAUAGAUCACGACUUGUGUUUGUACAAGGAUCAUAGUAAUAAGUAUUUUAUUUUUGUAUUUUUAUUUAAAGAAAAAAAAUAUGAGUGCCUUUUGUGUAGAUAAUUUGAGCAGGGCUAUUAAUAAUGUCUUAAAUGACGAAGAUAAUCCUAAGAAUUUCAAAGGAAUUAAGAUUAAUGAUCUAGAUGAUCGAGGUUAUAAACGGGAAAUAGUAACUCAUUAUGAGAUGGAUAAAACAAAACGUAACUAUGCAAUAAUAUUUAACCACGAGAACUAUGAUAAAAAUUUUUUGGGCCCAUCAUCUAGGCGGGAUGGCACUGAUCUAGAUUGUCGAAAUUUGACUGAUGCUUUAGAGGGUUUAUCGUUUGAUGUUCAUGUCUGUCAAGAUUUCACUCACAGUGCUAUUGUUGAGAAGUUGAACGAAGUUGCGGAAAUGGAUCAUACUCAACAUAAUUGUCUACUUAUCGUUGUAAUGACUCACGGCGAUCUCGGUAUACUUGACGCUUACGACACACGUUAUGAUGCCGACACCAUUUGGUGUAACUUCACCCCAAAUAGGUGUCCAACACUUGCUGGUAAACCAAAGUUAUUUUUUAUCCAAGCUUGUCAAGGUAAAGAACUUGAUGGUGGUAGUCCUUUAGUAAACAGGACUGGAACUGAUGGAUCCACAUUUAAUUAUGAUUCAUUUCACAUCGGAACAGACUUUUUGGUUGCCUAUGCAACAAUAGCAGGCUUUUUUGCAUGGCGCAAUGAUUGGGGAUCAUGGUUUAUACGAAUAAUUUGCGACAAAUUGCGCGAACAUGGUACAACUGAUGAUAUAUUAACGAUCCUUACAUAUGUGAUUCAACAUGUUGCCAUAAAACUUCAGACUUAUAAUCCAGAAAAACCAAAACUAGAUGAGAAAAAACAGCUACCUUGUAUCAUAUCCAAACUGACAAAGCUUCUUAAGUUUUAUCCAAAGAAUGAAUCUGACCAGCUUUGAAUUAUCAGUAUUAGUAAUUUAUGAUCAAUAUCAAUAAAGAACAAUAUUAUUAUUAUUAUUAUUAUUAUCAAUAGACGUAGAGUAAAAAAUUGUCUUAUGAUUUAUACAUUUAUUAUUGAUUUCAGAAACUUGGUAAAAAAUUAUUAAGAUUUUUUUAAAAUUUUAAAUCAGUAGUCGUUAACUUCUGAUGAAUAUUGACAAAAUUAGCAUAGUACGCUCUAAAAAAUUGGGAGUGAAUUCGUAGUGAUUACGGAUUUUAUUUAAAUCCGAAUUCACUCGGUCACUUAGAGUUCCAGAGUUUUAAAAUAAUCUCUCCGAUUACGGAGUAGAUAGGGAACUUGUCUUUUCAGUGGAGUGAUUUCAGAGUGGUCUGCACAGAAAAAAUCUGAGCGUCGGUUGGCCCUGCGGGCCAGCCCCAAAACUUCCCGCCGUUUUCGAGCUCUUUGAGCUUUUCAAGCUCUAACAAGUUAUGGUUUAUGCUAAAGACUAUCAUUAAAUAUGCCGAUGUGGGUACUCAUUUUACAGGGAAUUGAGAGAUUAGUUGAAAAUUCUUAGUGAAUAUAAAAUAUCUUAAUUGGCCUGGAUAUCAUUCUUUGUUCCUUCGCUUAUCAAAUAAAUUAUCCAGAGGUAUCUCAAUUGCGUUAGUUUAUCUAAUAAAAUUUUCCUAUUAUACCAUCCACUAAUAGCAAAACUGUUACUGCUAAAUUUUUAAAAUAAUAA